AUGACACUACUCCAAGACUCCUUCCUGCUGGAGGAGGGCCUUGCCUUGGUUCUCCUCUUCUUCAUAACACGCUUUUUCGUUCAUUCUCUCUUCAGGAGAUCAAGACCACCGCUCCCUCCAGAACCACAGGGGUUUCCCAUCGUCGGCGCCCUCCCCCUCAUAGGCAGCCAGCCCCAUGUCGGCUUAGCCAAAAUGGCCAAAAAGUACGGCCCAAUCAUGUAUCUGAAAUUCGGAAGCCAAGACAUGGUGGUGGCCUCAACCCCGGAAGCCGCUAAAGCCUUCCUCAAAAACCAGGAUCUCAAUUUCUCAAACCGUCCAACCGAUGCAGGCGUCCACCAUAUGGCCUAUGACGGACAAGACAUGGUUAACGCUGAAUAUGGACCCAGAUGGACAUUGCUGCGCAAAGUGUGUAAUACUCAUAUGUUUGGUAGUAAAGCCAUGGAAAAUUGGGCACAUUUUCGGGUGUCCGAGGUCGGCCUCAUGCUUCAGGAUUUGCUUGAGGCUAACCGGAAAGGCGAGCCCGUAUUGAUGCCUACAAUGUUAUCGUAUCUUACGGCGAAUGUGAUCGGACAGGUGGUUCUCAGCCGUCGUGUUUUUGCAACAAAUAGUUCGGAAUCGGAUGAGUUUAAGGUUCUGGUUGUGGAGAUGAUGAAGUAUGCAGCGGUUUUAUUGGUGGGGGAUAUCAUUCCGGCCUUGGGUUUCUUGGACAGAGGCACCCAGCAGAAAAUGAAGAAAUUACACAAACAAGUCGAUUCCAUGAUAACGAAGAUGAUUGAGGAACAUAUUGCCACCAGUCAUGAGCAUAAAGAACACCCUGAUGUGCUUGACACUAUUUUGACUUACGGAGACAAGCCAGACGACGAAAGACUUAGUAACGAUAACAUCAACGGACUCCUCCUGAACUUAUUUGUGGCCGGCACGGAUACAUCAUCGAGCAUCAUCGAAUGGGCCCUGACGGAGAUGUUGAUGAAUCCAACCAUCUUUAAGAAGGCACACGAGGAGAUGGAUAAAGUAAUCGGAAGAGGCCGGAGGCUCGAAGAAGCUGACAUUCCGAAGCUCCCAUACUUACAAGCCAUAUGCAAAGAAACCUUAAGAAAACACCCCCCAACACCACUCAAUCUGCCUCGCCUCUCAUCCGAAGAUUGCAUUGUAAACGGCUACUUCAUCCCCAAAAACACUCGCCUCCAAGUAAACAUUUGGGCAAUCGGCCGCGACCCCGACGUGUGGGAGAACCCAUUAGAGUUUGCACCAGAGCGGUUUUUGAGUGAAAAGAAUAAGAAGAUUGAUCCUCGAGGAAACGACUUCGAGUUGAUCCCAUUUGGAGCUCGAAGAAGAAUGUGUGCUGGAGUGAGAAUGGGAAUGGUUCAAGUUGAGUACGUUUUGGGAAGCUUAAUUCAUUCGUUUGACUGGAAAUUACCAGAGGGAGUUAAAGAGUUAGACAUGGAAGAAAUUUUCGGCCUCACACUGCAAAAAGCUGUGCCUCUUUCGGCUAUGGUUUCCCCAAGACUUGCCCCGGGUGCCUAUGUUUAACAACAGAUAAUCAAGCUCCUAAAUUUGCCAGAAAUGUCUGGUCUUUUCAUAUUUGCCAUA